AUGGAAGGUAUAACAGUUUUUAUUAUCUAUUAGAACUAACUAAUGAUCAUCUAUUAUUAGCAAAAAAACAAAUAUAUGUUGGAAACUACUCUUAAGCUGUAAAGUUUAUAAUCAUAAUAGAUCGAACUUUUGGAAGCAAUAAUUGAAAAUGAUAAUUAAAACAUAGAAGCAUAUAACUUAUUGGCAUAUGCUAUAAAAAAUGAUUUAGAGAACACGACUGAUGGAUAUAUGAGGAGUUUAGAAAUGAUGCACAAAGCAUUAGAAGUAAAACUUUUCUAAUAUCUAGAUUCUGCCAAAUAAUACCCUUACUCUGUUCAAUAUGGCUUCUACUUAUUAUGAGAUGUAAGAUUUUGCUUAAGCCAUAAACUAUUACUAACAACUCAUUCAAGUCAAUAAAGUUAAUGACUAUAGAGCUUUUUUUAACUUAGCUAUGUGUUAUGAAAAAGCAGGGGAAAAUUAACAAGCGUUAGAAAUGUAUUAAUAGGUAAAAGUAUUCUUCUUAUAACAAGUCUAUUCGAAGUAAUCCGAAUUUCUCAAGUGCUGUUAUAAAUUAUUCAAAUUUGUUAAUGCAAAUGGGUAAACAAGCUCAAGCUAGAUACACUUUAGAAAACUAUCUAAAAAAUAAUAAAGGUGAUAUGAGAGCCUUGAAUAAUCUAAAUAUCAUUUUAGCUGAAAAAUAAAUAGAUUAAAAAGUUGAAGAAAAUUUUAAAAAAAUUAAUCAAAGUGGAGCAAUAACAAGUGUUUAUAAUAAUGGUGUGUUUUUAUCAAAAUAAGGAAAACUAUAAGAAGCUUUAUAAAUAUUUAGAUAAUUGGUAGAUAAGCUCAAAGAUGAUGUAGACGAACCACUUUUGCUAUUAUCACAUGUAAAUCAAGGAGUAUUAUUCGAAAAGUUAAAUGAUUUUGAUGCUGCAAUUUAAAAGUAUAAUUAUGUAUGAAUAUUCUAAUAAUUAGAUCUUAGAUAAUUUUUCUAAAGAAAUAAACAGUGAAGAGUUUUUAUAAAGAAUAUCAGAAUUAAAAUUAAAAGAAAAAGAAAGAUAAAAGCUAUUUCCUCCAAAAAUUAUGAGUAAAACUUAAACAUAAUGGAAGUAACCUCAAUAAUAACAAUAACAAGCAUAAGCUAAAAUAAACAAUUUAAGUAAAUAUAUUAUUAAAUCUAGUGAAAUAAUCUCCUGAUAAAUAUAAAUAAUAAUAGCCUGCUUUAGUUCCUAUUAAUAAUAAUAAUAAUAAAAAACUAUAAUAAUAACAUGUUUAAGUUUAAAAAUAGCCCUAAUAAUUAAUAUAAAGUUAACCACAUCCUUUUAGUUAAUAAUAAUAAAGAUAAAGCUAAUAAUAAUAAUAAUAAUAAUAAUAAUAAUAAUAAUAAUAAUAAUAAUAGUAAUUUCCUCAAUAACCCAUAAGAAGACCACCUUCAGGAAUCAAAAAUAUAUCCAAUUAACAAAGUUUAUAGAGUGAUAAGAUUUCAUCAUAAUAAUAAUUUGAUGAGCAUCAAUCAAGUAUUGGGCAAAUAUCAAUGGUAUAACCUGUCGAUACAGGAUAAAGAUUUGUAUAGCUUGAUUAAAAGAAAAAUCAUUAAAGAGACAAUUCUCAGCAUUAAAAAUUUCAUGAAGAAAUAAUUAGUGAAAUUAAUAAUGAAAUUCAAAAUUAAUAAAGAACAAAAACAGAAGAAUAAGGAAAACCUAAAAACUAAUUUAAUUAGCAACCUUAACCUGAUUAAGAACCUUAACAACCUAAAGAAUAAUUUACAUUUUAAGGAAAUUCUGAUCCCUAUAGAUUAUCUUCAAUUAAAGAGGGAUCUAUAGAAAUCGGGGAAUCAUAAAGAGUUAAAUCUAAUAAUAAAAGAACACAAGAUAAGUCUUAGAAAACUAUAGUUGAGGCAGUAAAUGAAGGAGCUAAACAAUAAAAUUAGAAAGUUUCUUUGGAUUUAUAAAAUAAAGAGUUAAUUAUUGAAUAAGAGGAAAAUUAGGUUACUUUUAAACCUAAAGAAGUUGAACAACAAACAGUUACACUUGAAGAAUAAUAAAUUAAGAGUUAGAAAAAAACAACGCUCUAAUAAAAUUUUAAGGAAACAAUGAAAAAAUAGUAAGAUGAUAAUGCGGAAAAACCUGUUGAUUAAGCUUCAAAAAAUUAAGUUCAAUAAUUAAAAUCAACUAAAACUGUUCAAUAACAAGUUAAAGAUUAAAAAAAUAUAUAAAUGUAAAUAGAAAAUUUUGAAUAACAAUAAUAGUAAAAGGAAUAUUCUUAACAAUAUUAAGUAAUUGACUCUGAGAAUAAUGAAGGUUCAUAAAAUCAAAAAAUUAAUUUGUAAAAAUAAAAGAAGAAGAAUUUAUAAAAAAUGAAUGAAUAAGAUUAGGAUUAAGAAUUUUAAGAAAAUAAUUAACAUGUUAUGGAAAAUUAACAAGUGAGCUAAAAAGAUGUAGAAACGGAUUAAAAUAAUGUAACAAAAAAAAAUGUAGAUAAUUAAUAUGAAAAAAAAUAGAAGAUUAAUUAAGGAUAGGAUAUAGAUAUAGAAUUGGAAUAAGAAAUAUAGAAAGAACAAAAUGUGUAAAAGGUUGAAUAUUAAAAAUAGUAAAAGGAUUAAGAAUAAGAAAGAGAAUAAUAAAAAUAAAUAGAAUUGUAAAAAGAAUAAGAAAGAUAAUAAGCUGAAUAAUAGAAAAAACAAGAGGAAGAAAAAAAAGAAAAAUAAAAAUAAAAAUAAAUAGAAUUGUAAAAAGAACUAGAAAGAUAAUAAGCUGAAUAAUAAAAAAAGCAAGAGGAAGAAGAAGAAAAAGAAAAGUAAAAAUAAAUAGAAUUGUAAAAAGAACAAGAAAGAUAAUAAGCUGAAUAAUAGAAAAAGCAAGAGGAGGAAGAAAAAGAAAAAUAAAAAUAAAUAGAAUUGUAAAAAGAACAAGAAAGAUAAUAAGCUGAAUAAUAGAAAAAGCAAGAGGAGGAAGAAAAAGAAAAAUAAAAAUAAAUAGAAUUGUAAAAAGAACAAGAAAGAUAAUAAGCUGAAUAAUAGAAAAAGCAAGAGGAAGAAGAAAAAGAAAAAUAAAAAUAAAUAGAAUUGUAAAAAGAACAAGAAAGAUAAUAAGCUGAAUAAUAGAAAAAGCAAGAGGAGGAAGAAAAAGAAAAAUAAAAAUAAAUAGAAUUGUAAAAAGAACAAGAAAGAUAAUAAGCUGAAUAAUAGAAAAAGCAAGAGGAAGAAGAAAAAGAAAAAUAAAAAUAAAUAGAAUUGUAAAAAGAAUAAGAAAGAUAAUAAGCUGAAUAAUAGAAAAAGCAAGAGGAGGAAGAAAAAGAAAAAUAAAAAUAAAUAGAAUUGUAAAAAGAACAAGAAAGAUAAUAAGCUGAAUAAUAGAAAAAGCAAGAGGAAGAAGAAAAAGAAAAAUAAAAAUAAAUAGAAUUGUAAAAAGAACAAGAAAGAUAAUAAGCUGAAUAAUAGAAAAAGCAAGAGGAAGAAGAAAAAGAAAAAUAAAAAUAAAUAGAAUUGUAAAAAGAACAAGAAAGAUAAUAAGCUGAAUAAUAGAAAAAGCAAGAGGAAGAAGAAAAAGAAAAAUAAAAAUAAAUAGAAUUGUAAAAAGAACAAGAAAGAUAAUAAGCUGAAUAAUAGAAAAAGCAAGAGGAAGAAGAAAAAGAAAAAUAAAAAUAAAUAGAAUUGUAAAAAGAACAAGAAAGAUAAUAAGCUGAAUAAUAGAAAAAGCAAGAGGAAGAAGAAAAGGAAAAAUAAAAAUAAAUAGAAUUGUAAAAAGAAUAAGAAAGAUAAUAAGCUGAAAAGCAGAAAAAACAAGAGGAAGAAGAAAAGGAAAAAUAAAAAUAAAUAGAAUUGUAAAAAGAACAAGAAAGAUAAUAAGCUGAAUAAUAGAAAAAGCAAGAGGAGGAAGAAAAAGAAAAGUAAAAAUAAAUAGAAUUGUAAAAGGAACAAGAAAGAUAAUAAGCUGAAUAAUAGAAAAAGCAAGAGGAAGAAGAAAAGGAAAAAUAAAAAUAAAAAUAAAUAGAAUUGUAAAAAGAAUAAGAAAGAUAAUAAGCUGAACAGCAGAAAAAACAAGAGGAAGAAGAAAAAGAAAAAUAAAAAUAAAUAGAAUUUUAAAAAGAAUAAGAAAGAUAAUAAGCUGAAUAAUAGAAAAAACAAGAGGAAGAAGAAAAGGAAAAAUAAAAAUAAAUAGAAUUGUAAAAGGAAUAAGAAAGAUAAUAAGCUGAAGAAUAGAAAAAGCAAGAGGAGGAAGAAAAAUAAAAAUAAAAAUAAAUAGAAUUGUAAAAAGAACAAGAAAGAUAAUAAGCUGAAUAAUAGAAAAAGCAAGAGGAAGAAGAAAAGGAAAAAUAAAAAUCAAUAGAAUUGUAAAAAGAAUAAGAAAGAUAAUAAGCUGAACAGCAGAAAAAACAAGAGGAAGAAGAAAAAGAAAAAUAAAAAUAAAUAGAAUUGUAAAAGGAAUAAGAAAGAUAAUAAGCUGAAGAAUAGAAAAAACAAGAGGAAGAAGAAAAGGAAAAAUAAAAAUAAAUAGAAUUGUAAAAGGAAUAAGAAAGAUAAUAAGCUGAAGAAUAGAAAAAGCAAGAGGAGGAAGAAAAAUAAAAAUAAAAAUAAAUAGAAUUGUAAAAAGAACUAGAAAGAUAAUAAGCUGAAUAAUAAAAAAAGCAAGAGGAAGAAGAAGAAAAAUAAAAGUAAAAAUAAAUAGAAUUGUAAAAAGAACAAGAAAGAUAAUAAGCUGAAUAAUAGUAAAAGCAAGAGGAAGAAGAAAAGGAAAAAUAAAAAUAAAUAGAAUUGUAAAAAGAAUAAGAAAGAUAAUAAGCUGAACAGCAGAAAAAGUUAGAGGAACAAGAAAAAUAACAAUAAUAACAAUAAUAAGAGGUAGUAACAAUUUAAGCCUAAUAAUAGACAUAAAGUAAUGUUGAAUAGUAAUCAAUUCCAGUUUCUUUAUCACAAUCACAAUUAAUUGAUUAGAAUACUUAAAAUUAAAAUAAUUCAACCAACCCAUUAAAAUAAUAAACCUUUGGCGAUUUAUCUUUAAUUGAGCAAGAAAAUGCUAAGUCUAAAAUAUAAAAACAAAAAUCUGAAACUCAGAAUUAAAGAAAAACUGUAUAAGAACCCAGUAUAAUGAUUAAAACUCCCCCAAAAUAAUCAUAGCAAUAAUUUGAAACAUUUAACUAAGAAUAAAUUCCACAAGUAGAGCAAAUUACUUCUCCAAAAGAUAUAAAAAAUGGAAAUGAAUUACCUUAAUAUAAUUAGACUGGAACAUUUGUUGGUAUAUCUGAUUAAAAAAUAUCUGAUACUCAUCGAUAAGAAGGAUCAGAAAAGUAAUAAGUUUAAGAUCAAUAAUAAAAUUAACAAAACAAUGAUUAAAAAAAUGUUAAAUCAGUAUCGAGAACAUCAAUUUAAAAAGUCAAUACAAGACCACCAUCAACUAAAGGUUUCGAGAAAAAAGUUACCUUAACAUUAGAAUAAUAGCAAUAAUAGGAUUCUGCUUAAUCAAAUAGAUCAGAAUAACCUAAAGACAAGGAGAAAAUUGAAUCCUAAAAUAAUAUCUAAUAAGAUUAAAGUUAAAAUUAAUAGUAAAAACCUUAAUCUUAAUCUGGAAAAAGAUCUUUAUAAAGCGCAGGAAAAAAGGAUUAGAAAACAAAUCCAGAUUUACCUCCUUAGAAUUAAGGAGAUGAUACCCAAUAGCCUCAAUAAACUAUUUCACAAAAAAAAUAAACAAAAUUUAUCCCAAAAUAAUAAUCAAGACCUUAAUCAGGAGCAAACUAGCCUAUUGAGUUAAGUAGACCAAAUUCAACAAAUAAUUAAGUCAAAAAGAUUUCUAUUGAAUAACAAUAGAUGAUGAAAUAAGAAUAGUAAAAUCAGUAAGAUAAUAAGCCACCUGAACUUACAGAUUCGUAAUUAUCAAUUGAAGAUGCAAAAAGGCUAACUUAAACUAUGUCUUAAUAAGAUAUGCAAGUUAAAUAAUUGUAAGAAACAGCAUCUCAUCCCUAACUCUAAUAACAAACAAAUUCUACAACAUAAAAUUAAUAAUAGAAUCCAAAAAAGACAACAAGAAAUUAAUCAGGAAAAUCAUUAUAAAAAUCUGAUCAUACUUAAAAGAAAGUAGUAUAGCCAAAUUAAGAUUCUGAUUAAUAAUAAUCAGAAAAAGAUAAAUAGAAAGAAACUAAAAAUGAAGAACAAAACUAAGAAAUAAAAGAUUCAAAUACAAUUAAAUCUGAAGGAAAAAGUAAUGAUGGGAAAUCAUCUAAUUUUUAAUAAUAACCAAUUGAAAAUGAAGAAUAAAAUAAACCUUAAACUCCUAAAGAUUAAGAAAAACCAGUAACAGUAGAAUAAUAAUAAUCUGUAUAAAAUUAAGAUGAGUAAAUCUUUCGAUAAUAACAAACUAUAGAGUAGAUAAGAGAUAAGUCAAAUUAAGAAGAUAUUCCUUAAAUUAAAGUUUAAAGUCCUCAUAACUCCAUAAAGGGAAGUCAAGAGUUGAAUUAACUUGAAGCUUCCUUACAUAAAGACGACUAAGUUGUGGAAUAGGAAUAAGAAUAAUUAGUAGUAGAGGAAAAUUAGGAUGUUUAAGAGGUCAGAACUUCAAAUUAACAAGAAUAGGAAUAAGAAAAUUAAAAUAUUAGUCAAGAAAAUAAGGACUAAGAAAAAUAAGAAUAAAAUAAUGAUUAGGAUGUAUAGGGUGCUAAAUUAGAAUAAAAUGGUUAAGAAGAACAAGAUGGAAUGAAGUCUUCUGAUAGUUAAAGAUCCUAAAAAACAAACAAAGAAGGACUUUAGGAUGAAGUUUUGGAAAAGCCAGCAGAAAUUUUAUUAGUUCCAGAGAGUCGACCAAAAACACUAGUUUAUUAGAAUUCAAGUAGUCUUGAAUCUUAACCUUAAUAAGAAUAGUAAUCAUAAACAAAGCUGGGUCAUAGUGAUACACAAUAAUUUACUGAAACACAAAAAAAGAUUGCAAAAGUAAUUAGAUAUCCUGAAAACUUUGAGGAUUGGACAAUAGAAGAUUGCUUAAGAAAAAUAGAAGAAGAUCCUAAUGAUAUAUUUCCUGUUUUCAGAUUAGCUAUACUAUAUACAGAUGAUUAAUUAGAAAAAGCAAAAGAAUACUUAUUAAAAGUAACUGAAAUGGAUCCCUUAUUUGAAGUUGAAAAAGUAAAUUGGGCUUUAGGAACAAUUUUUGUAUCAGAAAAGGAAUGGAAAAAAGCUCUUCAUCAUUUUCGAAUAGGUUAUCAAUAUAGUUAAGAUAGAGCUAAAUCAUAUUUAGAAAUAGCUAGAUGUUAUUAAAAGUUAGGUGAAUUUGAGAAAGCAGAAAGAACUUAUCGAAGAGCUAUUGAUGCCAAUAAUAAAGAUUAUUUACCUUAUUAUAAAUUAGGAUGGAUGCAAAUAAAAAAUAAAUAAUUAAAGGAAGGAAUUGAUAAUUUAUCUAAAGCAUAAACUCUUGAUUAUUAGAAUAUGGACAUUAUUAUAAAAUUAGGAGAAUCCUUAAUGAUUUAUGAUGAAGAUCCUACAGCUGUAGAUGAGGCAGUGAUUGUUUUGCAUAAAGGAAUGAUAGUAGAUCCAUUAAAUUAUGAAUGUACUAAUGCAUUGGCUAGAGCCUAUGAGAAGAAAGGAGAUUUAGUAAAUGCAAUUAAAUAUGGAAAAUUAGCAACAGAAUAGCCAAAUUCAAAUUCUAAUUCACACUAUUUUUUAGGAACUUUAUAUAUGAAAAAGAAAGAUUUCAAAAGUGCUGCUGAAUCAUUUAGAACCUUAUUGAGAAUAAAUAAUGAGCAUCCAGAGGCUCUAAUUGAAUAUGCUACAAUUUCAAGUAUCUAAGGUAAUUUUGAAAAAGCAAAAAAGUAUUUGAAACAUGCAUUAAAAUCCAGUCCAAAUAAUCCAGUUGCAAAUAUGAGAUUAGGAAGAAUUUAUUAAACAAAAUUAAAUGAAUUAAAUUCAGCAAUUGAAUGCUUUUAAAAAGUUGCUAGAGUUGAUCCGACAAAUUAUAAAGCUUAUUAUUAUAUGGGUCAAUGUUAUAUUUAGAAAGGAGAACUAAAUAAAGGAAUUGAAUGUAUGAAUUAAUCUCUAAAGCAUAAUCAAUCAUUUGGUCUAGCAUGGAAAGCUGUUGGUAAUAUUAUGUAUGAAAAAAAUCAACCUGCAAAAGCUUUAAGAUAUUUCUAAAAGGCUAUUGAUUCAGAUAAAAAUGAUAUGGAAGCAAAAAUUGGAUUGGGAAAUUGUUAUUAUUUACAGGAACAAUUUGAAUAAGCUAUUUAGAUUUAUGAAGAAAUAAGUCAUUUAGAUUAAAAUGAAGAAUUAGAAUAUAAUAUGGCAAAUUGUUAUUAUAUGAAAAAUGAUUUUGAAGAAGCUGUAUUGCAUUAUUAGAAAGCAUUAAGCAUAAAUCCUGAUAAAAUAGAAUGUUAUUAUAAUUUAGGAAAUACAUAUUGUAUAAUGGAAAAAUUCGAAGAAGCUUUAGAAUGUUUUGAGAGAGUGGUUAAAGAUGAUCCUUAACAUUCAGCUGCCUUCUAUAAUUAUGCAAAUACAUUCUUUGUAUUAUAAGAUUAUGAAAAUGCGGCUAAAUACUUUGAAAAGGCUGUUGAAUUAUAGCCUGAAAAUGUUGAUUGGAGGUAUAUAAAAGAUAUUAAUUUUUUAGAAAUUAUGUUGCUUAAUUAUAUAUAGAGAAAGGUGAUCUUAAUGCAGCUAAAAGACAUUUAGAUGAAAGUAUGAGAUUGUAGCCUAAGAAUCCAGACACAUUAGUUAGAUAUGCAAAUUAUUAUUAUUAAAUAGGAAACUAUAAAGAUGCUAUUUAAAAAGCAAAAGUAUUAAUUUACUAUAAUGAUAGUAAACCUUAGCAUUAGAUGAAGCAAACGAUGAAGCUAAAUCAUUAAUUAGAGAGCUUACUAAAUGAUU